AACGAAAAAUUAGGUUGACAGCUUCACGAUUUGGUGAAAUUUGCAAAAUGCGACCAAACACCAGCUGCAAGACCAAAGUCCAUAACAUACUGUAUAAGCCUCCUGUUACAUCUAAACAAAUGAGUUAUGGGCAUAAUAUGGAACAUGAAGCUAGAAAAAAACUAGAGGAGAUCAUUAAGCUGGACGUUCAAUUAAGCGGGCUUGUUAUAGAUACUAAUUUUCCAUAUUUAGCAGCAAGUCCAGAUGGUUUGGUUGGGGAUCAUGCUAUUGUAGAAAUAAAAUGCCCAUACACAGCAAAAGAUAGCGAAAACAGUGUUGAUGCCGUAAAUAAUAAACUUUUGUCAUAUUGUAAUAUAACACAAGAAAAUAAACUUCAGUUAAAAAAUGAUCAUCAGUAUUAUUAUCAAGUUAUGGGUCAACUUCAUAUAACACGUAGAAAUGUAUGUUAUUUUGUUGUUUACGCCAAAAAAUGGAUAAGUGUGGAACAUAUUUAUUACGACAAAACAUUUUGGGAAGAAAAAAUGAUCAAAAAGUUAAAUUUGUUUUACACUGAAUGUAUUUUACCCGAAAUUGUUGAUCCACUGUAUGGGAAAAGACUUCUUAUAUCAGACAUAAGAGAACCCACUUAUAUAAAAGAAAAAAUAAACGAGCGACUAACAAUUAAAUAAAAUAUAAAUGUACCACCUAUAUACCUGCAAUAAGUAGACUAGCGACUAGGUAUACUAAUAUACUAUACUAUAGUAUAAUAUAUUAUUAUAUUAUAUUGUAAAUAUCUAUACUAUUAUACUACUAAUCUUUAUACAUAUUAAUUUCUUAUUGUAAUCUUGAAUUUGGUGGGCUAAUCUUUUUAUGUUUUUAGUUUUAGAUCGUUUUAACUCUUUAUACCUACCUACAUAACUACAUAAAAUAAUGUAUUUAAUUUUUAAGUGUGUGUAAGUAAGUAGGUACAGGUUA